AUGAGAAGGCGAGGGGAAAGGCGAGGAGGAAGGCGAGGAGGAAGGCGAGGAGAAAGGCGAGGAGGAAGGCGAGGAGGAAGGCGAGGAGGAAGGCGAGGAGGAAGGAGAGGAGAAAGGCGAGGAGGAAGACGAGGAGGAAGGCGAGGAGGAAGGCGAGGAGGAAGGCGAAGAGAAAGGCGAGGAGGUAAGCGAGGAGGAAGGCGAGGGGAAAGGCGAGGGGAAAGGCGAGGAGGAAGGCGAGGAGGAAGGCGAGGAGGAAGGCAAGGAGGAAGGCGAGGAGGAAGGCGAGGAGGAAGGCGAGGAGGAAAGCGAGGAGGAAGGCGAGAAGGAAGGCGAGGAGAAAGGCGAGGAGGAAGGCGAGGAGGAAGGCGAGGAGGAAGGCGAGGAGAAAGGCGAGGAGGAAGGCGAGGAGGAAGGAGAGGAGGAAGGCGAGGAGGAAGGCGAGGAGAAAGGCGAGGAGGAAGGCGGGGGGAAAGCGAGGAGGAAGGCGAGGAGGAAGGCGAGGAGAAAGGCGAAGAGAAAGGCGAGGAGGAAGGCGAGGAGGAAGGCGAGGGGAAAGGCGAGGAGGAAGGCGAGGAGGAAGGCGAGAAGAAAGGCGAGGAGGAAGGCGAGGAGCAAGGCGAGGAGGAAGGCGAGGAGGAAGGCGAGGAGAAAGGCGAGGAGCAAGACGAGGAGGAAGGCGAGGAGGAAGGCGAGGAGGAAGGCGAGGAGAAAGGCGAGGAGGAAAGCGAGGAGGAAGGCGAGGGGAAAGGCAAGGGGAAAGGCGAGGAGGAAGGCGAGGAGGAAGGCGAGGGGAAAGGCGAGGAGAAAGGCGAGGAGGAAGGCGAGGAGGAAGGCGAGGAGGAAGGCGAGGAGGAAGGCGAGGAGAAAGGCGAGGAGGAAGGCGAGGAGGAAGGCGAGGAGGAAGGCGAGGAGGAAGGCGAGGAGAAAGGCGAGGAGAAAGGCGAGGAGGAAGGCGAGGGGAAAGCGAGGAGGAAGGCGAGGAGGAAGGCGAGGAGGAAGGCGAGGAGGAAGGCGAGGAGAAAGGCGAGGAGGAAGACGAGGAGGAAGGCGAGGAGGAAGGCGAGGAGGAAGGCGAGGAGAAAGGCGAGGAGAAAGGCGAGGAGGAAAGCGAGGAGGAAGGCGAGGGGAAAGGCGAGGGGAAAGGCGAGGAGGAAGGCGAGGAGGAAGGUGAGGGGAAAGGCGAGGAGAAAGGCGAGGAGGAAGGCGAGGAGGAAGGCGAGGAGGAAGGCGAGGAGGAAGGCGAGGAGGAAGGCGAGGGGGAAGGUGAGGAGAAAGGCGAGGAGGAAAGCGAGGAGGAAGGCGAGGGGAAAGGCGAGGAGAAAGGCGAGGCGAGGAGGAAGGAGAGGAGGAAGACGAGGAGGAAGGCGAGGAGGAAGGCGAGGAGGAAGGCGAGGAGAAAGGCGAGUAGGAAAGCGAGGAGGAAGCGAGGAGGAAGGCGAGGAGAAAGGCGAGGAGAAAGGCGAGGAGGAAGGCGAGGAGGAAGGCGAGGGGAAAGGCGAGGAGGAAGGCGAGGAGGAAGGCGAGGAAAAAGGCGAGGAGGAAGGCCAGGAGGAAGGCGAGGAGGAAGGCGAGGAGGAAGGCGAGGAGAAAGGCGAGGAGGAAGACGAGGAGGAAGGCGAGGAGGAAGGCCAGGAGGAAGGCGAGGAGAAAGGCGAGGAGGAAGGCGAGGAGGAAGGCGAGGAGGAAGGCGAGGAGGAAGGCGAGGAGGAAGGCGAGGAGGAAGGCGAGGGGGAAGGCGAGGGGAAAGGCGAGGAGGAAGGCGAGGAGGAAGGCGAGGAGGAAGGCGAGGAGAAAGGCGAGGAGGAAGACGAGGAGGAAGGCGAGGGGGAAGGCAAGGAGAAAGGCGAGGAUGAAAGCGAGGAGGAAGGCGAGGGGAAAGGCGAGGAGAAAGGCGAGGAGGAAGGCGAGGGGAAAGGCGAGGAGGAAGGCGAGGAGGAAGGCGAGGAGGAAGGCGAGGAGAAAGGCGAACAGGAAAGCGAGGAGGAAGGCGAGGGGAAAGGCGAGGGGAAAGGCGAGGAGGAAGGCGAGGAGGAAGGCGAGGGGAAAGGCGAGGAGGAAGGCGAGGAGGAAGGCGAGGAGGAAGGCGAGGAGGAAGGCGAGGAGGAAGGCGAGGAGGAAGGCGAGGGGGAAGGCAAGGAGAAAGGCGAGGAUGAAAGCGAGGAGGAAGGCGAGGGGAAAGGCGAGGAGAAAGGCGAGGAGGAAGGCGAGGGGAAAGGCGAGGAGGAAGGCGAGGAGGAAGGCGAGGAGAAAGCCGAGGAGGAAGGCGAGGAGGAAGGCGAGGAGGAAGGCGAGGAGGAAGGAGAGGAGAAAGGCGAGGAGGAAGACGAGGAGGAAGGCGAGGAGGAAGGCGAGGAGGAAGGCAAGGAGAAAGGUGAGGAGGAAAGCGAGGAGGAAGGCGAGGGGAAAGGCGAGGAGAAAGGCGAGGAGGAAGGCGAGGAGGAAGGCAAGGAGGAAGGCGAGGAGGAAGGCGAGGAGAAAGGCGAGGAGGAAGGCAAGGAGAAAUGCGAGGAGGAAGGCGAGGAGGAAGGCGAGGAGAAAGGCGAGGAGGAAGGCGAGGAGGAAGGCGAGGAGAAAGGCGAGGAGGAAGGCGAGGAGGAAGGAGAGGAGGAAGGCGAGGAGGAAGGCGAGGAGAAAGGCGAGGAGGAAGGCGAGGGGAAAGCGAGGAGGAAGGCGAGGAGAAAGGCGAGGAGAAAGGCAAGGAGGAAGGCGAGGAGGAAGGCGAGGAGGAAGGCGAGGAGGAAGGCGAGGAGAAAGGCGAGGAGGAAAGCGAGGAGGAAGGCGAGGGGAAAGGCGAGGGGAAAGGCGAGGAGGUAG